UUAUAGAUUAUGUCGGAUGCUGGAAACUGGUGCCUAAUUGAGUCAGACCCAGGUGUUUUCACUGAAUUGGUCCGUGGAUUUGGUGUUUCCGGUGUACAAGUUGAAGAACUCUAUAGCCUAGAUAAGGAGCUAUUCAGUGAUCUGAAGCCAGUACAUGGGCUGAUAUUCUUAUUUAAAUGGCGUGCGGGUGAAGAGCCUUGUGGCAGCCUGGUCCUCGAUAAUAAUCGGGUUUUCUUUGCACAACAGGUGAUUCAGAAUGCUUGUGCCACACAGGCAAUAAUAAAUUUGUUAUUGAAUACGAAACCAGAAUCAGGUAUUGCGCUUGGUCCAAUUCUGGAGGAAUUCAAAAGUUUCACGCAAAAUUUUGACCCUAUGAAUCGUGGUUUAUGUUUAGGCAACAGCGAACCAAUUAGAAAAGUCCAUAACAGUUUUUCACGACAACAUCUUUUUGAAUUGGAUAUCAAAGCUCCGGAAAAGGAAGAUAAUUAUCAUUUCAUCACUUACAUCCCCGUGGAUGGUCAUAUCUAUGAACUGGAUGGUCUUCGUGAGGCACCGCUAGAUUUGGGUGCUAUUAGAGAGGGUGAAGAUUGGUUGGAUGCUGUGCGGCCAAUCAUUAAUGCUAGAAUCCGAAAGUAUAGCGCAGGCGAAAUUCACUUCAAUCUUAUGGCUGUUAUUUCGGAUCGAAAAAUGAAAUACCAAAAACGAUUGACCGAACUCGCAGAGUUAACAAUGGAGACCGAUAGUAAAGUGGAAGAAAUGAAUCACCUUCAGGCAUUAAUUGCUGCUGAAGAAGAAAAGGAAAAAUCAUUCAAAGCAGAAAACAUUAGACGCCGUCAUAAUUAUAUACCUUUUAUUGUCGAAUUAUUAAAGGUAUUAGCUAAAGAAGGAAGGCUGGUACCAUUGGUACAAGAGGCGCAGGAAAAAGCAAAUCGUAAAGCGACAGAGAAAAAAUCAGAAAAACCGAGAGUCAAGAUCUAAUCAGAUGUUUGCAACAUACUUUGUAUGAUAAAACAUUUCAUCACUUAAUUUCUUGCUAGACGAAAAGAAAAAAAACG